GCCCCCUCUCGUUUAUAAUGCAGGACACGUGAAGCCGGUCAUUCAGUCUUGCCCUCUCAACCAGUGGAUUAGUAGGAGCAGAGUGAAAUGCUGUUUCUCCCAUUUUUCACAGUCCCCCGGAGAUAAGACAAGUCUGGCUGGAGACCCUCUGAGGGCAGAGCCAAGGACACACGGAGGGAAAUUCAUCGCUGGACAGUCAGCACAGACUCUAAUGAAGUUGAUAAGCAGUUGCAAUGCUGCAAAAACACUAAAUGCCAAUAACAUGGAGACAUUGAUUGAAUGUCAGUCAGAGGGUGAUAUCAAGGAACAUCCUCUGUUGGCAUCAUCUGAGGGUGAAAAUAAUAUUUGCCAGCUAAUUGAAAUUAAGAAGAGAAAAAAGGUGCUGUCUUGGCCUUUUCUCAUGAGAAGGCCUUCUCCUGUGUCAGAUUUUCCUGGGGCUUCAGAACCAGAACUGAAAACGCCACUAUUUGAUCAGCACUUGUCAAUCAUCUGCGGUGAGGACGACAUACUCCCCAGACCCAUCCAGGAUAUUCUCACUAUUCUGUGCCUUAAAGGACCUUCCACUGAAGGGAUAUUCAGGAAAGCAGCCAAUGAGAAAGCCCGCAAAGAGCUAAAGGAAGAGCUCAACUCUGGAGGCGUGGUGGAUCUGAAAAGUCUCCCUGUGCACCUUCUGGCUGUGGUCUUUAAGGACUUCCUUAGAAGUAUCCCACUGAAGCUACUUUCAUGUGACCUGUUUGAGGACUGGAUGGACGCCCUGGAGAGGCAGAAUGAGGAGGACAAAAUUGAGGCCCUGAAACAGGUUGCAGAUAAGCUCCCCCGGCCCAACCUCCUGCUGCUCAAACACCUGGUCUCCGUGCUCUACCUCAUCAGCAAGAACUCACAGAUCAGUAAGAUGGAUGCCAGCAAUCUAGCUAUCUGCAUUGGACCCAACGUGCUGACCCGAGAGAAUGACCAACACCUGUCAUUCGAAGCCCAGAAAGACUUAAACAACAAGGUUAAGACAUUGGUGGAAUUCCUCAUCGAUAACUGCUUGGAAAUAUUUGGGGAGAACAUUCCGGCACAUUCCAGUACUGCUUCUGAUGACUCCCUGGAACACACUGACAGUUCAGACAUGUCAACGCUGCAGAAUGACUCAGCUUAUGACAGCAACGAUCCUGACGUGGACUCCGGUGGUGCCAUUGGCUCCCCAAAUAGGCAACCCCCAGUACCUGUGGAGACGACUGCCGGCUGGGGGCCCAGAGGCCCCCAGCUCACUUGGGAGUUGAGUCCGGAGCCCAUCAGCAGCACUCUUGCCAGGCUGAAAAACUCCCUGAGUGAACUAGACAGGAGGUACUCAGAGCCCAGCCCGUCAUCCUCACAGGAGAGCCUCGAGAGCCAGAAAACACACCAAAAACUAACACGAAGCGAGGAGGACGUCGCCAUGGCCCAGGCAGGGGCUCAUUUGGAAAGUAAGGAAACUGAAGACCCCUUUCCAGAGGAGGUGUUUCCUGCAGUGGAAGGCAAAGCCCAGAGACCACAGGACCUGAAGGUGAAGAACUCGACUCAGGGUUUGGUGUUACUGUGGGGACUAGCGCCCAAAGCCUCCUCCAGUGGCUCUCUGGAUGCUUCCUCUGAUGGUUCACCCGUGGCUUCUCCUUCCAGUCCCAAAAGGAAUUUCUUCACCAGACAUCAGUCUUUCACAAAGACAGAGAAGAGUAAGCCCAACAGAGAAAUUAAAAAACACUCCAUGUCAUUCUCCUUUGCCUCUCACAAAAGAGUGCUGACCAAAGCCCCCAGCUGCGUGUCUGUAAAAUCCAAAGGCUUUACCAGAGACCAAGUAAAGAAAGGUUUUAAAAAAGAAAGCCAGCUUUCUGGGCGGAUCAUCCAGGAAAACUUGUCUGAAAUCCAGGGCCAAACUGCUCUAGACUUUAGCUCCACAUCCUAUGCCCUCUCUGUCAGGGAUGUGUUCCAACAAGUGGAUCAGAGAAGCCCAGGUAGUCCGCCAUCUUACGAAGAGGCCAUUCGGCACCAGGCAUUGGACCUCUCGGCCUACAGGAGCCAAACAGUCGGGAGCAUGAGGGCCAGAAUGCUCAGCCAGGAUGCUGAACCUCUCCGACCUUUUCAUCACGGAGGGAAUUUAAGAAAUACAUGCAGUCAAGAGCUGCUUGACAGGCACAGACUAUCUCCCAGGACUGAGAGCUGGAGACAGAGCCAGACUGUACAUGUUUCUGUAGAAACAAUAGGACACGUGACCGUCACAGGGAGACCUGACCUGCACCGGCCAAGAACUGUAUCUGAGUCAAAACAGAAGACUAAGCUGGACCAUCUAGUGCGGCGAUGUAGUCAGCCAGUCUUUGAGGCUGACCAACUCCAGUAUGCUAAAGAAUCCUACAUUUAGGACAUUUAGGACAGCAGACCAGACACCAUGACAUGGCUUAUGGCGUCUCUGUAAAUGCACAACUGUAUAAAGAACUGCUUUGAACUCUGUUUUCCAAAAAGUCGAGAAUAAGCUCUUUUAGAAAGGUUGUAUAGAGGCCUCCCUAGAGGGGAUAGCCACGCAAUGGGACUCAGGCAGUGUGUG